CGGGCGUCAGACACCAGCGACUCGAGGCUAGUGCGCUACAACAGGAAGCCCUGUUGUUAUCCUCAGCCAGACAACAUGGGAAAGCAGAGCGCCCAAACGUGACUCUGCCCUCCAUUGCACUGUACGCUCUCUCCCAUCAUUCAGGGACUGAUGGAUGCUGCUCGGAGCAGCCUGCCCUGUUCCUCUGGACGGGACGAGCCGCCGCGAGAAGGGACAGCGGGACCGUCAGAGUCCCCCGUGCACCUGUUCACCAUGCAGGACGUCCUGUCAGACAUCCAGGGGAUGGUGGAACGGAGCCAUAUUAUCAACAGGACACCACACAUGGAUUUAACUUGCCUGAAGUCGUGUUCUGGUGAAUCAGAGAUCCAUUUGACGCGGACCAUUUCCAGGGCUCUGGGAUGCCGGUACCAGCCAGCCCAGCUCAAUGUACCGGCCAUGCUCAAACAACUGGAGGAGGCAAAGGACUAUAGGCGCUGUGUGCAGGAGCAAGUGGCGGACAUGAAGCGUGCUAGCACGUGCAGGACGAGCCAAGACACGGAACCCUUGGGGACCGCGGAGGAGCAAUGGAGCAUGGCUCUGCUGGAUGCCGCUGCCACAGUGCAUGUCAAGGCAGCACAACUGGAACAGGUCACCCUGUAUCACAACCAGAUGGAAAACAUCAGGUCGUUCCUAAAGAGGCUCACUGGGGAAAUGGCGAAGCUGAGCUUAGAUGUUUUAGGUAGCAGCUCCGUCCAAGCCGAAAAGAUCAGUGCUCUUUUGCAAACGAUGGAGCAGAAGAAAGACAUGAUUACGGAGCUGCUCCAUUCAAGUAGUGAACUUUCACCCCAUUUGAGGGAGGCUGAAAGUUCAGGUGUUCUUCUUGCCCAACUCGGGUAUCUCCAGGAAGAAUGGAGACUUCUGGAAGGCACUUUUAAAAGAGCUCUCAGGCAUGCCUCCGCAUCCUUCUCUCAGUCGUCUCAUCUUUUGAAAAUGGCCCAGCAUCUGCAUGGCAGGGUAACAACUCUCCAGAAGACUUGCGCUGGCCUGCAAUCCUCAGAGGAAAGCCAUGGCAGCCCAUGCAGCCUGAUUCUACAACUGACCUGCCUGAAGGCCGACAUAAAAAUACACAAUCAGCAUUAUCUCCAUAUUCAAUCACAGUCAGAUACCUUAUGCCAAUUUUCUUUGGGUCGGAAGGAGAAGGAUGAGAUGGGGUGUGUUCUACAGGAGUUGCGAUGCUCACUGAAUGUCACAAAGAGGCAGCUUGAGGAUCUCAAACCUGGUAUAGGUGGGACUCCAUUACCUAAACACCUCAUGUUGUUGGAGGAUUUGGCUACAUCUGCCAAACACGCAGAAAACCAAGUCGCAAUGGGGCAAACUUUACCUCUUUUCCCUGAAGAGGCCGAAAUCCAAAUUGGGGAAAUGCGGAAACUGCGAUCCAAAACUUUAUCCAAACAAUUACAAUUGAAGUAUUUGGUCAUUGGUAUUGAUAAAAAUAACUCUGAUGUUUUGAACUCAGUAAAGAUGGUAGAAGAUCUGUAUGAAGCCUUCGAUGAAAGCUCAGCUCAUUUCCUGGAGCAUGCAGAGAAAAGCCUGCAGGAAAGGGAGGAUCUAUUCCACAAGCUUACUAGCUUUGACACCUGGCAAGCAGACAAACACAUCUCCAAAAACCCUCGCAUUCAUAUUGAGAAUGCUUCAAAAGUUGAAAUGGUAGAGUUAAAUAGACAGCUAGGUGUUCACAAAUUGGCCACAGACAAGAUUGAAAAACAAAUGGCCAGGGUAGCCAUUUUGAUAGAGAACUGUAGGAAAACUGCCAUAGAGUUGAAUCCUGCUGAGGCCAGAUAUCUUAUUAACAGGCUCUCAGGGCUCUGGACAGAAUUUGAUGGACUGGUGGCUCAUGAGCGUGUAAGUAGCUGGGAGUUAGAAGAGCUUAUUCACGAGCGUACCUCUUCUAAUGAGGAACUAGCAAGCAUUCAAGCUAGCCUAAAGAAGAUAUCUGCAGAUCUUGAUGGCCAAAGCUUCCCUUUGACGGCAGAAGCCAUCUCUGCAGCUAAGCGGAUGACACAUUUGCUAAUGGAGCAUCAGUUCCAAGUGCAGGAACUUCAGCACUGUCACGAGGCGAAGCGAAGCUCAAUGAUGUGUGACAUUGGUGAGCUUCAAGACAGAUGUAAAACUCUAACUGUCCAUGCCAUGGAGCAGGAAAAGUAUUUUCACCUCCUGAAAGAAAUGGACAAAUCCCGGCACAUUGCUGAAGGUCAAAUCCAGUGUUCAUUCACCCAAGCUGCAAGCUUGGGUGAAAGAUUCAGACUUUGCCAAACUCUUUUAGUUGAACUUCCCCUAGUGAAGACACAGUGCCAAGAGGCGGCUGACCAAUUGGAAGUCAUAGCUCAAAACCUGAACGCUUCAGAGCUCCAAUCAGAGAGGCAGAGGAUUCUGCACACAGUGGAAUCCCUGGUGGCCUGGGAGCACGCUGUGACGGAGAACGUCCAUAACUUGGAGGGCAAGCUUCUGGAAGAUCUCCGUCUCUGCACCGAGCUUCCCAAUAUGACAGACCAUGUCCGAAGAACCAAACAGGAGCUAUUGGAGGUUGAACCAGUGACCCCAGAGGAGAAAGCCAUUGAUGCUGCAUUACAAAGGUUUUGGGUUAUUCUGAGAAACCUGGAGUCUUGGAUGCGGGUGGUCGAAGCUUUGGUGCGGAAAGAGAAGUGUAACCUCAGGACCCUUGAAGAACUGAAAUCCCUAACAGAUGCAUGUAUGCAUGACUGCCAUUCAAAGAUGGAGGACUUGGCCCAUGCUCGAGAGGCCCUUAAGGACUACCACUGGGCUGCUCAGGGGGCCCUAUCCUUCCUCCACAACGCCGAAGCUACCUUCUUGUCAGCGCCUGGUGGGUUUUUGGACUGUGCCGAGGAACAAAAAGAGACCCAGGAGGCUCUCGCCUCACUCAAGGAUGUCCUGCAGGCUCACAUUAGCCAUCUAGUGGAACUGGUGCCAAAACACCCCUGUCUCUCAAGCAAGAAGACAGAGCAGCUCCAUAUUGGGGUUCUGAGCCACCUGUUGGUGGGCAGAGCCAUACUCGAGGCACAAGCACAGCUCAGACUGGAGGCCCUGGAGAGGUGUGCAAGAACACAACAGAGUCACUGGAUGUGUCACAAACAAUUACGACAGCUUCUGUCCAGCUUUGAGGCAAGUCUGUCUGAGUGUUGCUCCGAGCGAGUGACCUCCUACGUCCAGUGUGAUGCCCAGCAAAACAGAGCUAAGUCCCUGAUGGGGGAGCUGCACAGCCUGGCUGGGCAGCUAGAGGACCUGCGGGCCGGCUGUCCCAUGCAGGGCUGCAGGGCGGGCAAGGAGGGGGAGCUGAGCGCCCUCUGGAGACACUGGGCACUGCUGUGUCGGGGGGUGGGCCUCCUGCUGGCCCACUCGGAGCAGAGGAGAGCCGAGUGGGGGGACAUCAACACCAGCAUGGAGCAAUGCGGUAGCUCCCUGGCGAGGCAUCAGGCAGAGCUUCCUGAUUCCUCCUCCACUGGGGCCCCCGCCGCUCAGCCGCACGCCAACGAGUCAUUAUCCCAGGCAAAGAUGCACCCGGCUGGCUUGGAGCAGGGGCAGCGGUCCUUCACCUCCCUGGAGCACCGUCUACAGCAUGCCCUCAGCCUUUCUGGGCCACAGGACCCAGGCAGCUCCGGGCCCUUGGGCCAACAACUGGAGGAGGUCCAGGAGACUGUGAAAAGCUUGACAGAACCAAACAUGCUGGUGGUGCGACCAGCCCUCGCUGAAGAGCAGGUGAUGCGGCGGUCCCAGGAGGAGAUACGGGAGGUGGAGGACCGGGUGGAGGCAUUGCUCCUCCCUCUGGAAUCCUGUUUCAACCUGCAGCAGGGAAAGAUGGGACACGUAAAGGACGCCAGGCAGGUCUUAGCUUUGCAGAGGGCUAAACUCUGCAGGGUCGGUGAGGAGCUGGGCAGCAGGUACCCAGAGGUGCCUGCAGACAUUGGCCGACGGCUCGGUGAAGCCCAGCACGCCGUUCGGACAGCGGAGGAGAAGCUCUUGGAGAGGAGCGAUCCGUUCCAUAAGCUGAGCAGCAGUGCGCUGGAGGUCAGCGUCUCCCUGGAGGCGCUGAAGACGCUGCUGGACACCAGAAGUCCUUCCUUCCCCGAAGCUCAAGACAAGCUCAAGCACGUGUGGGACGAGCUGGACACACAGCACAGCCGGCUGGGGGUCCUGGAGAGCGAGGCCCAGGACCUGGCAGAGGAGCGCCCCCAGCAGGGCCACCUCCUCAUGGACCGGCUCAGCGGGCCCCUGCAGCUCUACCAGGACACGGCCCAGCUGGCCGAGCAGCGCACCGCCUUCCUGGCCCGGAUUCCGGCCUUCCUUCAGGAGUUUGAGGACAUCCUGCACAGCGCCACCUGUUGGCUCGGGGACGCUCAGUCGUGGAUCAGUGCUCCCUGUACUUACUCUACAGCCAGGAGCCUCCACAGCCAUGCCAAGUCCCUCCAGCUGGUCCUUGAAGACUCGGAGAGGACCAGAGCCACCCUUGGGAGCUUGGGGCUGCUGUUCCAGGUGAUGUCUGCGGUCUGGGACACCAGAGCGCUGGAGCAGAGGCUGGCCUGGACAGAGCGCCAGGUGGAGGGCAUGCAGCACAAUGUGUACGAGCCCAUGGAGCAGCUCCUGCACAUUGCCACAGAAAUUGAUGCCAUGGAAUUAGAGGUGAAGACUAUGGAAAAGAAUGCGACGAAGAUCAGAUCCAUUUUAACCACCAUGAGCAGCAGGAACAUCUCAGAGGCAGAGUGCCUCGAAAGCCGACAGGUGAUCCUGGACAACCUACAGUCCAUGCAGGGGACCCUGGAGGAGAUUGAGCAGUGCAAGGGCGAGCUGCAGCUCCCAGCAGGGGCGCUGGACACGCUCACCGUCUUCCCCAGGGCACAGCUGCUGCUGCAGUCCCUCCAGGAGCUGCAGGAGUGGACCCAGCGGCAGGGCACACUGCAGGAGGGCCCUGUUGAGGUACUCAGCUCUGAGGAAGAGGAGGGUGAGGGCGUGGAGCAGCGGUACCAUUCGUCCUCCUCUGAAACCCUCACAUGCAGUCUCCCAGAGGACCCCGAAGAGAGCUUUAUUCAACUACAGGAUAUGGAGACAGAUGCAGACACUGCCCGAUGCCUUGGAGACGCUAAGGAUAUUCCUGGAACUCAACCACUCCAAGACGAGCCGGCUCCUUGGAGUGUGGCCUGGCAGCCUUGGCCUGAAGCAGAGCCGAUCUUAACCACCACCACGCGGGACGGGUCCUGGCCUGCGAUGGUUGGUGCUGAUAGAGCAGCGUCAGGGGAAGAAACUGGAUUACCGCUGGCUAUUGAACCCAGGCUUGUGUCCAACACAGAGACCAGUCUUGCUGCUAUGUCGAACCCCGCCAUGGUGUCAGAUGAGCACAGACACUCACCGUACAUCGAUGAGACGUGUCAACGCGUAGAUCCACAGCAGUCUUUGGCAGUUGAUGCACCAGGGUUUCUUGCCGCAAGAACUCCAAAUGCCUUCACAGCCAGAGGACCAUCCGUGAACGCAUCACGGAACAGGCCCGAACGUCUCACUGGAUCGUUGACCUCUCACCAAGACUUGGUGACCCAGGAUGAGGUUAUUGAUCCCAGAGCAGACAUUAAGGCCGGGGCCACUCUGGGCAGUGUGGUGGAUGUAGAAGAUAUCGCAAAGACACAAACCCAUGAUGCAAUGCAGGACCAUAAACCAGGGAUGUCCAAUGAUGACGAAGAAGAAGCACAACGAGAAGAAGAAGACGAGCAGAAGCGAAACACUGUCUCUGCCGAGAUCUCUCACAACCUCAGAGCUGUGAUCCACAGCAGAAACAGAGAGGAUGUGGAACAGGUCGAGGAGAGGCGAGAGGAGACAGGUGUGCCACAGGAAUCCCAGGAGGCUACAAUUAUGCUUCAGGAAUUUGUCUGUACAAUGGAAAGAGAGAUUGGUAUGAGGCACACAGACAGCUUGCUUUGGUUGGUGGAGGACUUUGAUAUUGGACGGAGUGAACCACACCCCACUCUCAAGUCUGUGCCUAGUUUGGAGUGGCUCGAGGGGACCUCCGAAAUGGCCCCUGAGGAACAGUCUGAGCUACGGCGGAUUUCCAGCUCGUUCCUGCACAGAUUAACAUGCUUAUUAGACCUGGGAGACGGACGCACAAGAGCAUGGCGGACUGGCCACGGACAAAGUCUGCAUCUCCCCUCCAGAAGCAAAUUCUUGCGGGUUCUGGGAACCCAGUUGGCCGUGGCGCAGCAUGUGUUCCAGCGAGAGCCACAGGCCCUGGAGGGUACUGAGGAGGCUGUCUGGGCCCAGCUGGAGCUCAGGGCCAGAGCGGUGCUGCAACAUGCGCUGGAUCAGGAAGUCACAUCGCAAAGCACACUUCAGGCCAGCAGCGAGUGGGAGGGGGGGCGUGGCCGGAUGGGCGCGCUGCUGGAGGAGUUGGACGGCGUGGCGAGCGCGGGACCGCCGGAGGGGGAGGACGACUCGGAGCUGUACUCUGUGGAGCAUGUGCGGACACGAGUCGGAGCCUGCGAGGACGUGCUAGUCCAGCUGGAGCAGAGCAGGGCGGCCUUGGGCUGUCUGCUAGACCAGAGACAGCUAUUGGUGCUUCCGCCGCCAACCGACGCAGAAGGCAGUACCUCAGUCGGCCCAACAGGGGGAGCUCUGGAGCUGCAGUGGCGGAGCAUCCAAAGGCGGACAGAGCAGGAGAUCAGGCGUUGCCAGGAGAUUCAGCGGAGCUGGGCCAGACUGCAGAGCGAGAGCCAAUCUCUGGGGGAGUGGCUGGCGGGGGUCCGAGGGCCACUGGAGACGUGGUGUGGGCUGGCCGACAGCGCUGCAGGGGGGAAGGAGAGCAACAUUCACAGCCACCUCACCCAGCUCCUGGAUUUCUCCAUGGAGGUGGAGGCCAGGGCGGCUCAGAAGGCAUCUAUAGCCAGGGAAGGAGCUCUCCUCCUGGGCUUGAGAGAGGCAGACAGUCCCUGGCUGCGUGGUCUGCUCAGUGCGCUGGAAGUCACCUGGAGCCAGCAUACAUCUGACCUGGCCAAGGCCCAGGAACGGCUGCAGCAGCUGGUCGUGGUUGUCUGGCCCCCGUCGGAGCUGCUCUCUGACCUGCGGGGCUGGGUGGAGAAGGUGGAGAACAGGCUUGGGGAGGAAAGGGUGAAAGCCUUCCAGGCCACAGAUGCCUCCCAGCUGGCCGACACCCUACAGCACCUCCAGGAGCUGAAUGUGGGCGUGAGCUGUGGUCAGGUGUUGCUGGACUUCCUGUGGCAGUCUGGGCCGCCAAAAGCAGAUCCGGCAGACAUCUGCGUGUUCAGUUGGGAACGCACUCUCUUCACCGAGACGAUCGGCGAACUCAGCUCGAGCUGGGCGUGCCUACAGGGGGAGCUAAUGAGUCAGAUCCGCUUGGUGGGAGAUAUGCAUCACAUGUGCUCCCACAGAGAAAUGCGAUUGGGGCGUAUUGGUGACUGGCUCGCACGUCAAGCUGCCGAGUUGGAGCGGUGGGAUCGCCCCGCCAGUCAAACCGAGGCUCGCAAGGCCCUGCUCGAGUGCCAGGCCAUUGAGGGGAGAGAAAAGGAGGUGAGGGCAACAGUGCAGGAGCUGCAGGAGCUGCAGGAGCUGCGUGCUUGUGAGCCGGAGGACCCCCAGCAGGAGCAAGAGACACAGCAGCGGCAGGAGAAUCCCAGGGACAGUGCGUUUGCUUCACGGGUAGUGGGCGCCACUCAAGCCUGCAUGGCGCUGACCCAGAAGGCGGAGGCUCUUCGACCAGCUCUAGAACGCAUCCUGGUUGAGUGGAGUCAAUUGGAGACAGAUUUGAGCGAAGUCUCCCUCUACACCACCAGGCUGCGCUGUGUCCUGCAGCAGCUGCUGCACACACCUGCAUUCUCACCCAAGCAAGUCCAGAAGCAGUUGGAGGAGCUUAAGCAACUGCAGGAGGGUGCUGGGAAAGGGGUCAAGCUGUGUGUAGCAGUGGACCAAUCAUAUCAGGCUCUGGAAGGAAAAGUCAAUGACGUCACAGCCAGGUUACUCAAAGAGCGGAUUGAAGGAGAGCAAAGAAGGUGGGAGGAGGCGAGGCUGGAGGUGGUGGCGGCCGUCCGGGGGACUGGCCAGACGCUGGCCCUGUGGCAGGGCUACGUGCAGCAGCGCGACAGCUGCACUCUGGCUCUGCAGCAGGCGCGGCUCCAGUGGGAGGAGCCACGGAAGGCCCCUCCCGCCCCACAUCGGGUUGCACACACCAGUGGGGGCUCCACCGAGGACUUCAUUGAGGACUUGCAACGCAGCGGAGGGGAUGUGGCGGCGGCCGCACGGCCUUUGAUCGCACUACUAGAACCCCUGGCAGCCAAUCAGAUACAGGCUGAGGUUGCAGUGUUGUCAGGUGACAUCCUGCUCAUGGUCCAAGCAGUAUCCAGAGAGGAGGCCCGCCGGCAGGAGGAUUUGGAGCUCCACCAGAGAUUUUGUCGGGGUUUGGAAGCGGUCGAGCUGCAGACACAGGAACUGGCGAAUGGGCCAACCCCGGGAGCACGUCACCUGGAGUCUGCUCAGAAGACCGUGCAGGAUCUCAGCGGCCUGUGCCUGCCCCUCAUGGAGCUGAGUGAGCUGAGUGGCCGUGGUCAGAGGGGCCGUGGCGAAGGGGAGCGACUGGGAGUGCUCUGGAGACAAUGGGCCGAGGGCCUGACUCACGCGGCUGACAUAUACCAGGAGAUGACCAUAGCAUCCUGUAGUUCACAGAGCUUUCAGCAGAAGUCUGAUAGGUUAGCGAUCAUCCAGGGAGCAGUCAAGGAAGCCUUGGGGACCAGAGACACUGGAAGAUCCUCCAGCCUUCUGAAGAGGCUGGCUACACAUCAGAGGCUUGUCGUUGAACUGGUAACUGGCCAGUGGCUCCUGGGGGCCCUUUUCAGGGACUCUGUCGGCCUCCAGACAAACACCACAGAAGAAGAAAGGGUGGAGCUCCUGACCAGCCUGGGCCGGCUGAGGGAGGGCUGGCAGCGUGGCUGUGUGGCCGGGGCUGCAGAGCGCAGGGCCCGGCUGGGGGAGGAGCUCUCCCUCUGGAGGGGCUACCAGCAGCGGUCCAGGCUGCUCUGGAGGGUCCUUAGGUCCCCCCAGCCCGACCCCCAGCCCGACCCCGGCGGGGGGACGCCCUGCACGCUGCGGCGGCUACGGCGCGCCCACGACGGCUACAAGCGGCUGGAGGAAACCAUGGCCACACACGGCCCUGUUUACGGGCAGACCCUCGAGGUGGGGAGAAGGCUGUGUGCGUCCACAACAACAUCAACAGAGCCUGCUGAUCACGGACAACUAUUCCAAGAGCUCCGGUGUCUGGAGGAGGCGUGGGAGCAGACCAGCACCCUGCUGGGAAGGAGAACGGCCCUGGUUAACACUGUGCUUCAGGAAUGGUCGCUGUUUGGGGACAAGUUGGUCGUCUGUGGGCGUCAGCUUGAUGACCUGAAGCAGAGCCUGGAGCAGCCAAUGGGGAGCGAGGAUCCUGAGGUGGUAGAGAGGCUACUCAGGGAGAGCGAGGUGUCUCUGGGGCGCGCGUGCACGGCCCUGACGGAGCUGGACGGCGCCAAGACGGAGCUGUGGCGCUGCGUGGCGGCCGGCGACACGGCGCUGCUGGAGGGACAGCUGCAGCUGCUGCACCAGCAGUGGGAGGAACUCUGCACCAAGGUGUCGUCGCGCAGGCAGGAGAUCACGGACCGCCUGGACGCCUGGACCCUCUUCAACGACAAGAACAAGGAGCUGUGUGACUGGCUGACGGGCAUGGAGGGCAAGGUGCUCCACCACGACGGGGAGGUGGGCAUCCAGGAGAUGGUGGAGAAGCUCAAGAAGGACUGCAUGGAGGAGAUGAACUUGUUCAGCGAGAACAAGAAGCACCUGCAGCAGCUGGGCGAGACACUGCUGCAGGCCAGCGGGCAGGCCCAGCACGGCACGCUCCACAGCAGUCUGCAGGAGGUCAACCAGCGCUGGCACAAGCUCUUCCACAGCAUCCAGACCAGGGUGAGGAAGCUGAAGGAGACGCUGACGACGGUGCAGCAGCUGGAUAAGAACAUGAGCAGCCUGCGCUCCUGGCUGUCCCGCGUGGAGGCCCAGCUGUACCGGCCCGUCUCCUACAGCGUCUGCCACCACCAGGAGGUCCAGCACCGGCUCGCCGAGAACCAGGAGCUCCAGCGGGACAUCGAGCAGCACAUGGAGGGCGUGGCGUCGGUGCUCAGCCUGUGUGACGUGCUGCAGGGGGACGAGGACGCCGAGGGCGAGGGGGACUCCCUGCUGGAGACCAGCCGCAGCCUGGACCAGCGCUGGAGGGCCAUCUGCGCCCUGGCCCUGGACCGCAGGCUCAGGAUCGAGGAGACAUGGAGGCUGUGGGGUAAAUUCCUUGACGACUACGCACGCUUUGAAGAUUGGCUCAAGAUGGCGGAGCGCACGGCCGCCAAGCCCAACUCCACCGACGUCCUGUACACGGUCGCCAAGCAGGAGCUCAAGAAGUUUGAGAGUUUCCAGAGGCAGGUGAACGAGCGGCUGACCCAGCUGGAGCUGGUCAACAGCCAGUACCGCCGGCUGGCCAGGGAGAACCGCACCGACCGGGCCAGCCAGCUCAGGGCCAUGGUGCACCAGGGCAACCAGCGCUGGGACAGCCUGCACCGCAGAGUGGCCGCCAUCCUGCGCCGGCUCAAGCACUUCACGGGCCAGCGGGAGGACUUUGAGAGCACCAGGGAGAGCAUGCUGGUGUGGCUGACGGAGCUGGACCUGCAGCUCACCAACGUGGAGCACUUCUCCCAGAGCGACGUCCGCCACAAGAUAGAGCAGCUCAACGGCUUCCAGAAGGAGAUCACCCUGAACACGGAGCGCAUCGACGGCCUCAUCGUGUUUGGCGAGGGCCUGAUCCAGAAGAGCUCCCCCAUGGACGCGGCCGUCAUCGAGGAGGAGCUGGAGGAGCUGCACGCGUACUGCCAGGAGGUGUUCAGCAGGCUGGUCCGCUUCCACCAGCGCCUCAGCACCACCCCGGCGGAGGAGCCGGAGCCCUUCUACAACAGCGUGACGCUGGAGGAGAGCCUGGAGCUGAUAGGCCGGCCGUGGCUGGGGCGGGGCAGCCUGCCGGCCACGCCCACUCACCUGCUGAGCUCGCCGAUGGAGCGCUCGGGCUGCGGCACCCCGGUCAGCGUGGACUCCCUGCCGCUGGAGUGGGACCACACAGGGGACGUCGGGGGGUCCUCCACUCAGGAGGAGGACGAGGAGGAGGGAGAGCUGGAGGAGGGGGACGACGAGGACGAGGAGGGGAUGUACUUCAGCGUGCUUUCAGACUUGGAGAGGAGUGAAAGCGAGGAGGAGUAUGUGGACGUGGCCGGAGAAUGGCCCCUAGAAGGCCCCCUAUCGGCUCCCAGCAGGUCCAUGCGGGUGGAGGCCCAGUCUCCACGCUGGCAGACCGCCGACGACGUGGACACCUUGGACACCUCUGAGCGGCCACCAGCGCUGCUCACCAGCACGCCGCAGAAACACAGCUAUCUGCGGCUGCUGUCAGAGUGCAGUGGGAGUUCUGAGGACAUUAAGAGGGUCUCUCUGGUCCGGGAUAGCGAGGAGCAGCUGGAGACCCCGCCGCAAGCAGGGCUUACCUCCACAGACGCACAGCCAGUGGGGAUGGAGUCCUGGAUGGACGUGCCCGAGGUUCAGUCCAGGAUCCACCCGCCGCGGCCGGCUCCACAGGAACCCAGGACCCACAUGACCUCUGACCUGGUGGAGGAGGUGACCUCCUGGCUGGCACUGGUGGGGCCGGAGCUGGAGCUGAUCCAGCGCCGCGACCCCGCCACCAGCAUCCCGGACCUGGAGGCGCGGGUCAAACGCCUCAAGGAGAUGCAGCGCGAGUUUGCUGGCUACCAGUCCGUGGUUGGUGAUGCCGGAGGGCUUCUGCGGGCUGGAGCUGCUCUGGAUGGGGGGGAGACGGAGGGGAGCCUACUGGGGGAGCUGAACCGGGGCUGGGGCCAGGCGUGCACUGGCCUCCAGGACUGGGAGCACAGUCUCAGGACCAAUCUCCUGCACUGUCAGGAGUUCAACGGAGCCCUCCACUCCUUGCUGCUGUGGUUGGCCCAGGCAGAGAGCAAAUGCCACGCUGUGGACAUCAGCCAAUCACACGCCCCGCUCCGCAGCCUUCGGCAGCAUCGCUGCACGCUCAGCGUUCUCCAGGCUGAUCUGAGGAGCCGGCAGUCGGAGCAGCGCUCCCUGCAGGUGCUGUGGUCUCAGCUGCAGCCCCGUCACGGCCCCACCGCCGAGGGAACGGAGGCCCAGGAGAAGCUGCACGUCACGGCCAGCAAGCUCCGGUCGCUCCUGAGGCACGUGGAGCGCGACCUGAGCCGCCUGGACCAGCGUAUGGACUGUGAGUCUGCGUUGUCCUCUUCAGCUGAAGGAGGAGGAGGAGGAGGAGGAGGAGGAAGGGGCCAGAGUGCAUUUGUUGCUUCUCCACAGGAGCGGGAACACUCAAGGAAGCACUCCUCUAAAAGGCAGAGGACGGGCGGAGCCCCCCCUUCCCCACCUCCUCCCCGUCGCUCCUUCCUCUGCCGGGUGCUGCGCGUGGCCCUCCCCCUGCACCUCCUCCUCCUCCUGCUGCUGCUGGGGCUGUGCUGCCUGGUGCCCCGGCCUGCCAGCGACCCCGGCUGCUCCCUCACCAACAGCCUCGCCCGCUCCUUCUACCCCAUGCUGCGCUACACCAACGGACCCCCGCCCACAUGAUGACCCCCCCCCCUCCCCCCCAUGGAAACAUGAGAUCUAUAAAGACAUGGACAUUUGGUGGACGUUUUUCUUCACCGAUUUCCUCUUUGGGGAACCAUGAGUUUAGAUCGGAGGACGAGCCGGGAUGGGUGGGUCCUGCAGUGAGAUCCUAACCCCUGACCUUGGGAAUGAUGACGCCCUUUGACACUAUUACCGUUUGAGAUGGUAGUAGUGGCCACACACACACACACACACACACACACACACACACACACACACACACACACACACACACACACACACACACACACACACACACACACACACACACACACACACACACACACACACACACACACACACACAUUUGCAGGAACAUUCAGUCCCAAAUGCAGGAGUCUCUGCUGUAUGUAUUCUGCUAGAAUCCCACUUUCUCAAUGUUCAGGACUUACUUCCGAGGAAGAGCGUUCGGAGAGGUCAUUUUCAAGGAAUUGUAUUUUUUGUUUCUACCAUGUCUCACUUUAAGAAUGUUAGAACGGGUUUUAUAUAUUUAAUUUAAAAAUUGUAUGAAUUUAUUCUGCCGAUAAACACUGUUUCUCUUACACAAUGUGUGUGUUGCUUCAGGUCUUUAACAGCAAACACAAAAAAUGCAUAUAGCACAAUACAUAGUGAUAUUUGACUUGGUCUGAGCAGGCUAGAUUUUUGGAUUAUUUCGAGUGAAAUGUAAUGUCUACAUUGAUGGGUGUCAUAGUUGUCAGUAAACCUUGCCUAUCAAUUGAUUCCCGACAUAUAUGUGUCCAUUAUUCCCUUAGUGUAACAUUCAAUAAAAAUAUAUUCGCAUUAAUGUUCUCCAAACCCAAUUUCAAAUAGCAUUUUCUAUUGAUCAUGUGGCAGGCAAGUUCAGCUAGUUCAUCAAGUUAACUAAAAGUAGGAAAUGUUUUAAUAUGAAUGUGUAGUGUUUCAUUAUAUUUGAUGGUUCAGUUAGUGCGUAGUGUGUUUACGUUUCCAUGGAGAUAGACUUCACCCAAUGUCACUUUCAGAGGCAAAAGUAUGUGAGCUUUUAAUAUACCGAAUACCAAAUACUCUUAAAAUAGGCUGCUUUUUGUAACUUAUUAAAA